UUAAGAUCAGACAGCAACAGAGUUAACUGAUCCCAGCAAUCUGUUCCUUCCUUUUCUUAAUCCCUCCCCGCUUAUUUUAGCCGCUUCUCCACCCUGCUGGGAAUACCAUCCAGAUCUUAGUCCAGGUAGAUCUGACGUCAAGAGAUGGCUUUCGUCGAUUUGACGUGUAAACACUCAUUUCCAUUCCGGCUGGGAAGGGCUGGGGCUCCACUCAGCCGGGCGACCAAAGCGCUGCACUCAGCGCUCGCCGCCGCCCAGCCUCUCCUCGUGUGCCUGCUAUCUCCUUGCUGAGCAACCGGGAGCGAGGAGCUAGCUGUCCGGAGCUCGAAGGUGGAAAGGGCGAGUCUUUCUUGCUUUUCUCCUAUCUUGCUUCUUUUCCGCUUCUCCUUCCCACUUCUGUGCAAGCAAGUGUGUGAGCCAUGGAGCGAAGAGCCUGGACUCUGCAAUGUACUGCUUUCGCUCUCUUUUGCACUUGGUGUGCAUUGAACAGUGUAAAAGCGAAGAGGCAGUUUGUGAACGAAUGGGCGGCGGAGAUCCCCGGGGGACCAGAGGCGGCUUCGGCCAUAGCCGAGGAGCUGGGCUAUGACCUUUUGGGUCAGAUUGGAUCACUUGAAAAUCACUACUUAUUCAAACAUAAAAACCAUCCUCGAAGGUCUCGAAGGAGUGCCCUUCAUAUCACUAAGAGAUUAUCUGAUGAUGAUCGUGUGAUAUGGGCUGAACAGCAGUAUGAAAAAGAGAGACGUAAACGUUCAACUGUAAGAGACUCAGCACGAAAUCUCUUCAAUGAUCCAAUGUGGAGUCAGCAGUGGUACUUGCAAGACACAAGGAUGAUGGCCUCCCUGCCCAAGCUGGAUCUCCAUGUGAUACCUGUUUGGCAAAAAGGCAUCACAGGCAAAGGAGUUGUUAUCACUGUACUGGAUGAUGGCUUGGAGUGGAAUCACACAGACAUCUAUGCCAAUUACGACCCAGAGGCUAGCUAUGAUUUUAAUGAUAAUGACCAUGAUCCAUUUCCCCGAUAUGAUCCCACAAAUGAGAACAAACAUGGGACCAGAUGUGCAGGAGAAAUUGCCAUGCAAGCAAAUAAUCGCAAGUGUGGGGUCGGAGUUGCAUACAAUUCCAAGGUCGGAGGCAUAAGAAUGCUGGAUGGCAUUGUGACCGAUGCUAUUGAAGCGAGUUCCAUUGGCUUCAAUCCUGGACAUGUGGAUAUUUACAGUGCGAGCUGGGGCCCUAAUGAUGAUGGGAAAACUGUGGAGGGGCCUGGUCGACUAGCCCAGAAGGCUUUUGAAUAUGGUGUUCAACAGGGGAGACAAGGAAAAGGCUCCAUCUUCGUCUGGGCUUCUGGGAACGGGGGGCGUCAGGGAGAUAACUGCGACUGUGAUGGGUACACAGACAGCAUCUACACCAUCUCCAUCAGCAGCGCCUCGCAGCAGGGCCUGUCCCCCUGGUACGCUGAGAAGUGCUCCUCCACCCUGGCCACCUCCUACAGCAGCGGCGAUUACACCGACCAGAGAAUCACGAGCGCUGACCUGCACAAUGACUGCACGGAGACCCACACGGGUACCUCGGCCUCGGCACCCCUGGCCGCUGGCAUCUUCGCUCUGGCGCUGGAAGCAAAUCCAAAUCUCACCUGGCGAGAUAUGCAGCAUUUGGUGGUGUGGACCUCUGAGUAUGACCCGUUGGCCAAUAACCCUGGAUGGAAAAAGAAUGGAGCUGGCUUGAUGGUGAACAGUCGAUUUGGAUUCGGGUUGCUAAAUGCCAAAGCUCUGGUGGAUUUAGCUGAUCCAAGAACCUGGAAGAGUGUGCCUGAGAAGAAAGAGUGUGUUGUAAAGGACAAGGACUUUGAGCCCAGAGCCCUGAAAGCAAACGGGGAAGUCAUCAUCGAAAUCCCAACAAGAGCUUGUGAAGGACAGGAAAAUGCAAUCAAGUCCCUGGAACAUGUACAAUUUGAAGCAACAAUUGAAUAUUCCCGAAGAGGAGACCUUCAUGUCACACUCACUUCUGCUGCUGGAACCAACACAGUUCUAUUGGCUGAAAGAGAGCGGGAUACAUCUCCUAAUGGCUUUAAAAAUUGGGACUUCAUGUCUGUGCAUACGUGGGGAGAGAACCCAGUAGGCACCUGGACUUUGCGAAUUACAGACAUGUCCGGAAGAAUGCAAAAUGAAGGCAGGAUCGUGAACUGGAAGCUUAUUUUGCACGGGACCGCUUCUCAGCCAGAACACAUGAAGCAGCCUCGUGUGUACACGUCCUACAACACCGUGCAGAAUGACAGAAGAGGGGUGGAGAAGGCGGAUUUGGGGGAGGAUCAUCCCGCAGAAGACAGCCUGAAGGAGAACGCCCCAACUGUCAAAAGUCUCAGCGGCAGCAGUGUGAGCAACAGAAGAGACCAGCUGGAGGAGGAGGGAGCCCCGUCGGAGGCCAUGCUGCGGCUCCUACAAAGUGCAUUCAGCAAAACCUCACCACCAAAGCAAUCACCAAAGAAGUCUCCAAGCACAAAGCUCAGCAUCCCUUACGAAAAUUUCUACGAAGCCCUGAAAAAGCUGAACACACCUUCCCAGCUUAAACACACUGAGGACAGUCUGUACAAUGACUAUGUGGAUGUUUUCUACAACACGAAACCUUACAGGCACAGAGACGACCGGCUGCUGCAGGCUCUGGUGGACAUUCUGAGGGAGGAAAAUUAGAAAAAAAAGUCUGUGGUCUUGAGUUGGGAGUAGUCAUGCUUCUUCCUUCCCCGUAGCGUUUGCCUGUGUCUGAAGUGGUUGUUUCCGUCAUUGAGUCUUAUGCUUAUAAUAUCCUUUGUGGUACUUUUCUUUCACUUCCCCAACUGGACAUUUGGAAGGGAUGAGCUCAAAUAGGAAAUCCAGCUUCUUGAAUGGAUCACAGAGCUUUCAAAGCACGUCUUCCCUGCCUACACAAGUAAAAUGGCAGUUCCUUCGGAGCCACAGCUCGCACGUGGUCCGCGUACCACAUUAAAAUGCUUCUGUGGGCCUUCUCAUUUAAUUUCUCACAAUAACCAGGGCCAUAGGUUAAUUUGGAAAAGUAACCCGCUAAGGAUGAGAGGAAGGAAAGCUGUUCUGAUAGCUUGUCCCCUGCCUUUGCUCUGUAGUUCUUUGAACUUUGAUGCCAAAGAAGGCUUUGGAAAGUCUCUGAUGAAACGAGUUCACAAUUAGAUGCAUACCCUAUCUUUUCUAUUCCAGAGUAGUACUUAUUCAGGAGUGAUCAUCUGGUCAUUUGGGGGAAAAGCUGGGUUAUUUAGAUCCAGAAACAGACAGUAAAAUCUGCGUUUUCUGGUUGGAGCAUUUUUAGGACAUUAUUCUUUGCUUAGUGUGCCAUGUAUGUAUCUAAAGGUGACUGAGACCCAUGCUGUGUGCUCUAGGUCUUCCUCUAUUUCCCCUUCUGAAGGUUUUCCUCACCUGUCUCCUUUCUCAGCCACAAAUUAAGUACUGCGAGAACUAAUUUAUACUACUUUCUUAGAACAAACUUACAUGUGGGACUUGCCAAAUUGCUAGUCAUCUUUUUUUUUUUUUAGCAAUAAUAACAGAAAACCACUCAUAACAUAGAGAACCAAUAAAAUAACAGGGAAAUAUUCAUAAAGGGAGAGCCAAUGGGAGGUUUUGUUUGUUUUCAAAAUUGUAUUCAAAAGAACAAGUUUUUCUAGAUCUUUGAAACUGAGUGUUCAUUCCUUGACACUAACGGUUCUUCCCCAAUCUGAGAGCUGACAGUAUCCAAAUUCUCACCAAAUUGCUUCCAAGCUUCAACUCAGAGGACACAAGCUGGCAGCCCAUGGGCCACAUUUGUCUCUCAGGUAGAUUUUAUUUGGCAUGUAAAAUGUUUUUAAAAAUGUGAGUGAUUAUUGAAUAAUCAGAUAAUCUGAAUAGUCAGAUUUCACAUAAAGCCUGAUUCUCAGGCCCAUGUUCCCUCAUGGCAACAGUUGCCUGGAGCUGAGUAGCAGCUGCACAGCUAAACUUGAGUACCAGGUCCCCAAGGCACCCUGCUCCACGCCACUUACGUGGGGCACCUCACUGUCAGCACUUGAGAAGCAUUUUAUUUUGCCCACUCCUCCACUAAAUGAACAUGCAUGAAGUGUAAAUGCAUUAGGAAAAAAAGAUUCUCAACUUCUUUCAGGCAGGAUCUGUCUGAUAAUCAAUCAUAAUGAGAAUUUGCCAUGAUUUAAUUAUUGGUCCCCAAAAUGUUAUUUCAGACUCCCGAAAGUACCUCUGAUAUGUAGUUUGAUGCAUUCAUUCACUAUCACCUCAUGUGGAUGCUCAUCUGUACUAAUUCAUUAACUGCCACCCCCCUAGCUUCCCAUUCUCUAUAUGCUCACGAAGACUCUGGUCCCCCAUGAUGCUGGCACUCUCUCUUUGGGUUUGCUAUCUGCAAUUCUUCCACAAAGUUUGAACUUCAUCAGGCCACACAUGAACUAGACCAGGAAGAGAACACUAGUCUAUCGCUUUAGUUUGAAGUGUGGUUAGUAAGAUAAAAUUUCAUCCCCUGGACUACUCUAUAUGAAUUUGUGCAGAAUACAGUUAUUUCUAGAACAGUAUCCAUGAUGCUUUGAGGAUGUUCUCCUAAAAAAAUUGUAGUAUCACUCUGUCCUUGGAAGUUUCACAUAUUGUUUGAUACAGAGUGUUGGAUAGAAUUUUGAAAAUUGCAGCACAUGGAAAAGUAUUAAAGCUGAAAAGGACCAGAGAGUGAUUAGAUAAAUUUUCAACUAAAAAGCAAAGCUAAGGCCCAGAGAGGCCAAUAAAUAGUAAUAACAGAAAACUCACCCUUUCCCCAUUCUUAGGCUAGUGCUAAUUGUAUGAAGCUUUCUUUUUCAUGCUUCUAAUAGUUUCUCUUCCUGGUUAAAGCCCCAGCCAACUCAUUGGAUUGUCACCAAAGGUUCAUUCUAGAGAAGCUUUAAUACUUAAAUAAAGUCAUGUUUGAAUGUUUCCAACCUGGAAUAUAUUGUUUAGGCAUAAAAUAUUUUUGUUAGUCUUUCUUAGUGACUGUGUUAAUUUCUGUGAAAAUGUAAAAGAGGAAACUUAUAUAAUCCCCUCAAAAUUUUAAACUAUAUUUUCUUUACAGGUAUUUAUAAUGUACCAAUGCUUUUAUCAAACAGAAUUUUAAAAGGCAUAAUAUAUUAAAGAACCAAAAUUUUCCUGAGAAUAAGAAAGUUUCAUCCAAUAAAAUAUUUUUUGAAAGGAAUGUUCCUCUGUCAGUAAAAAAAAAAAAAAAAAAAAUGUAUGUGUUGUGAUAUUAAAAGUGACAUUUGUCUAAUAGCCUAAUAAUACAAUGUGUAGCUGAGUUUAACGUGUGAUCUUAGCAUUCUUAAGGGAACUCCCACAUUAUACACUUGAUGUAUUAACCAGAAAAUGUACAAUAUGCUUAUAAAUCAGAAGAAUAAAUGAUUCCUCAUUAA